AUGACGCCGCCGGCAAUCAUUGCGCCUUCUAUUCUGUCUGCUGACUUUGCUCAGCUUGGUGCCGAAUGCGCUCGUACCAUGGAACAUGGCGCCGACUGGCUCCACGUCGACAUCAUGGAUGGACACUUUGUUCCCAACAUUACAUUCGGAGCUCCUGUCGUUGCCAAGAUCAGAAAACAUGUUGACAGGCCCAGCGAGGGUAACGGUAGAGGCACGUUUGACUGCCACAUGAUGAUUGCAGAGCCCAAGAAAUGGGUCCAGGAGUUCAAGAAGGCCGGCUGUGACCUGUAUUGCUUCCACUAUGAGGCGGCAUUUUCGACGGCUGCCGAGAGCCCUGAGCAAACGUCCGACAAGAACACCAGCCCCAAAGAGCUCAUUCGGUAUAUUCACGAUAGCGGAAUGCUUGCGGGCAUCGCCAUCAAACCAGGCACGUCUGUUGAUGUGCUGUGGGACAUCUUGGAGGCUGCUGAUCCCAAGGAAAAGCCUGACAUGGUCCUUGUCAUGACGGUUUACCCUGGAUUUGGCGGCCAAAAGUUCAUGGCGGGUGAGCUCCCCAAGGUGCAGGCUUUGCGGGCGAGAUAUCCCGAGUUGAACAUCGAGGUCGAUGGUGGCUUGGGGCCUGGAACGAUUGACCAGGCUGCUGAUGCUGGGGCCAACGUUAUCGUUGCUGGUAGUGCCGUGUUUGGCGCCAAGGACCCGUCCGAGGUGAUUUCCCUGCUGCGAAAGUCGGUAGAUUCGAGGGCUGGCAGACUAUGA